UGUUCUGUCUGCCUUGAUUAAUUUGUGAUGGGGAGCGAAGCUGGUGCGAGAAUCCGACCUGCAUUUCUUUCAUUGUUCCGUUUCGUGUUUGCGUGUGAGGCUUCCAGGAGCUGGGGUCAGGACGACAGCUGGGCGCACGCCGUGAUCAGGAGGAAAGAUAAACUAUUUGAAGUAUUUAGAUGAUCCAGGGGCAUCCGUGUAAUUUAAGUUAUACCAGCCAGGUCAGGGACUUUUGUUAUAUACAUAUAAAUAUUGCGGGAUGAGAGCCACCAGGGGACUCUCUCUUGUGUUGGGAUUCGGGGCAUCGGUAGCGCGCAGCCGAGACCGAGCUCACCGUGUGGCAGAUCCAAUGCACGAGUAAGUCGGAACCUAGUUUCGUCCUGUAGUGAAAAAAAAAAUGAUCGCGACGUUUUUUCCAUUAAAGAAACUGCGACGAAAUGGGAAAUAUUUUCUUUUUGGAGCGAUUCUCCUGGCUGGAGCUCUGGUCGUUUACCAUGAGAUGGUUGUUGCAUGGAGCAAUGAAGUCGGUGUCAUUCCUGAUGCUGACGGCAGCAAUUUGAAGAAAGUCACAUCUGACCAGAGGGAUAAAAGAAACAACCCGGCAGACUCUGUGGAAGAUUCAGCUUCUUGGAUCUCCAGCUUCAUUCCGCAAAUCUGGAAACCUGAGUUUAAAGGACAGGCCAACCUGCAUGUGUUUGAGGACUGGUGCGGCGGUUCUACUGCUGACCUUCGCAAGAACCCGCACUACCCUUUGUACCCACAUUCCAGGACCAUGGUGCAGAAACUGGCUGUCACCCCUCAGUGGACCAACUACGGGCUCAGGAUAUUUGGUUACUUACACCCCUUUGCUGAUGGAGACUUUGUAUUUGCUUUGAGCUCUGAUGACAACUCGGAGUUCUGGCUCAGCACCAACCACUCCCCCCUAAACCUGCACUUGCUCGUCUGGGUUGGAAAGACUGGUAAAGAAUGGACAGCUCCUGGUGAGUUUGAGAAAUACGCAAAUCAGACGUCAAGACCAGUUCGGCUGUCGUCUCAGAGGAGAUACUACUUUGAAGUUAUCCACAAGCAGAACGACCGAGGGACCGACCAUGUAGAGGUGGCAUGGCAGCUCCAGGAGGAGCAUUUUAGAUUCACAAUAAUCGAAUCAAAACACAUCUCCCUCUAUGUCAAUGAGUCGAGCUUGCUGAUGAGCGAUGUCGACCACAUACCACAAACAGCUGCGAGCCACCAACGCACCUCCACGAAGCAGCACAGCUCCGCAGCAGACAUGCUGAUGGAAGACCCGAGAGACACAUUACACAAAGUGCGUCUGAUCAACAGCGAGUUGAUCCGAGGUGUUCUGCCCGACUGCCUGUACAAACCCAGCUAUAUAAUAAAAGACUUUCCUCUCAUGCGUUACCAGGGACUUCAGUUUGUCCACAUGUCCUACAUCUACCCAAAUGACUACACUCGACUCACUCAUAUGGAGACAGAGAACAGCUGCUUUUAUCCAGAGAGUCCUUACUAUAUGAAGAGGUUUGGUUUUUCUAGGUACAUGAGACUGGAUCGUCCAAAUGAGCAGAGAAUAGAAAACGGAGGCAGAGAUUUUGACUUCCAGAGGAGGAAAUCUGUUCAAAAUGAGGACAACUCUGACAACGAGGCCUAUGAGAGAGAAAAUGAAGUCGUGGUGGACCAGACAAAAAAUGCUUACUACGAGGAAAAUGGAGAUGAUUAUGAUGAUUACAUUCUCAAACACAGGCGUAAACUCUUCUCCUUUAUGACUCAAGAAGCUAACAACACACUGGACCAGUCUUCUGAUAUGAAACCACACACUGAGGACAUGCUGAAGAUGCAAGUGAAAGUCGAUGUGCCACAACCUCUGGAGGAACCAAGAAGAACGGCUCAGCCCCUGCAGACGAUACAGGCUUCAAGUCCGUGUGUGCAACCAACCAGGAGUGAGUCAAAACAAACAGUUCCUGUUCAGAAAAUAAGACCAGUUAAUUCAAAAAGAAAAGUAAGACCAAAGAGAAAAAGAGUCCAAUCAUUUGUGAAACCAGAGCAAAACAAUUCAUCAGUGGUUAAAGCAAAGCAGCAACCAGCUGUACGAUCAGAGAAGCUCAUCCCCAAAAAGAAAAUGGUACAGAUGUCUCAUCAACUAAUGAACACACAAAUCCAGACAAUCAAACAAUCUCCUUUUCAAAACAAAAGCAGGGGCUCGCUGCCGAGGACAAAAACCACAGCAGCCAGUCAGUUUGUGAAGAAAGGGGCAGAGCUCAACGCAUCCAUAACGUGGCGUUUUACUACUCCUAGAAGAAGCUCCAACCGCGUCAUCAAAAGAUCAAAAGAAGUAGUAACACAUUCCAAGAAUUCAAAUGUGAAUAUGGCUAAAAAACAAAUCAUGAAUAUUCACGAUAAAGAGGUUCAAGGAAUAAAUAAAAACUCGUGGUCGGACAGGAGAAGAGAGGGGAGUCAAAGGGAGGAGAGUGAGAACGAUAACCGAGCUGACAGCAGAAUAAACGCAAAUAAGGUAGAGAGAUUCACUCUGUGGGAUCAACAAGGAGACAACACCGAAGGUGUGGAAGACGAGGAUCUCACUCCAGCCCCAGUAUUCGACACCCAGGUGAACUGGAACCAGACCUUCCAGGUGAACCAACUGGACCUUCAUGCAAAGCGUUCAGAUUGGAUCGACCUGAACUGCAACAUCUCAGGAAACUUGCUGCUUCACCCCACUGAUGCUCUGCCCAUCGUCAAGGCGUUCAUGGAUCAGCUGAAUGAAAAGCAUAAAGGGCGGUUCACCCUGGUACGGGUGGUUAACGUGGUGAAGCGUGUCGACGGCAGUCAGGGCAGUCGCUAUCUCCUGGAGCUGGAGCUGAAAGACUUGAACGGCCAGCUGCUGCGCCUGACGCAGUACGUCUACGCUCUGAUUCGCCACGGCCGACCGCGCAGCAGGAACUUCGGCCUCCAUCGCUCCAGGCCUCAGCUGGUGCUAUGUAACCCCGUGGGCUUCCGCUGGCACCCUUUUGCCACUGUUCACUUCAUCGUGCCAGUUAAGAAUCAGGCUCGUUGGGUGCUGCAGCUGAUUGCAGACAUGGAGCAGCUGUUCAAAGAAAGUGGAGAUUCAAACUUUAACCUCAUCAUCACCGACUACAGCAGCACUGACAUGGAUGUGAAGAAGGCCCUUCAGAAAUCCUCACUCCCCAGGUACCAGUACGUGAAGCUGAGUGGGAACUUUGAGCGCUCUGCCGGUCUGCAAGCAGGAGUUGAUCUGAUAAGUGACGACCACAGCAUCGUGUUCCUUUGUGAUCUCCACAUCCACUUCCCUCCUUCAAUCAUUGAUACCAUCAGGAAGCACUGUGUUGAGGGAUACAUGGCUUUUGCUCCCAUAGUUCUGAGACUGGACUGUGGCAUGACGCCAGCAGAAGCCGUAGGUUUCUGGGAGGUCAAUGGUUUUGGCUUGCUGGGGAUUUAUAAAUCAGACCUGGAUGCCAUCGGAGGAAUGAACACCAGAGAUUUCAGAGACCGCUGGGGAGGAGAAGACUGGGAGCUCAUUGACAGGAUCAUGCAGGGCGGCCUGGAGGUGGAGAGGAUCUAUCUCAGGAACUUUUACCACUACUAUCACUCCAAACGUGGCAUGUGGAACCGGCGGAUGUCAGCAAGCCUCAGGUGACCUCGCCAAGCGGUGCUGCACCUCAACAUCGCCAUGGUUGCAACCAUGGCAACCAGAGCACUUUAAGGCCCAGACCGUGACUUCUGCUGUGCCUUAGUAACGCCUGCUGAUCAGCGGAUGGAUCGACGUCAGAGCGGGUGCUGCCUCGGGCUUUAUGAUGGACGGUUUUAUAUUAAGAUGAUACUACUGCUGAGUUUUCCACUGGAUGUACGGACUACUGAGAUCGCGAGUGAUUCAGCGUUGAUGACUGACACCGGUGCGCACAGCGCAGCCAUCUGAGACUCUGAUCUACACAAAAACAAUUGAACUUUUCAUUGCACACACCAGGAAUGCACCAACACAAGUGUCCUUUAUAAUCACCAGUCUUGCACACUAGUCUGAACUGGGAACUUGACUUUUUCUUUGUGAGAAAAUUAAAUAAUGGAUUGCUGAUUCAAUGUUGUAAAAAGAAGGAAAUGUACUAUUUAUUAAGUCUGUUUAUUUGUGAUGUUUUUUUGUUGGGUUUUUUUGCACCUGCAUUUGAAUUAGAAUAUUAUUUCCAGUCAUAGAGAUACCUCAGUUUACCUCUCUAAGUGGCCUCUUGGCUGAAAUAUGACAGCUGAAAUGAAAGUGAUUUAAUGCAGGAACAAUCAACAAGUAAAUAAUCAGAUAUUACCAAAGAAAGUCUCUAAAAGGCUCAUUUAUAAAGAAGCUUCUGUUUUGGAACUGUACUUAAAAUGAGUCAAGGUCAUUUAUGUUGAUGUCAGUUUUAUUUUAUUUUAUUUUUUCAAUGAAUCUCUACUUUAAACAUGUUGUUUUUGUACAUUACAUGCAGCUGAUUUACCUGACGCAUGUGUAAAAUCUAUAUUGAUCAUAUUUAUGGUUCACAAUCCAGGUCAAAUCAGUAAUUCUUGCCAGAAAAAGAUGUCAAAGUGUAUUUUUUUUCAUGUCAGAAAACAAGUUUGUUCUUAGGUCACGCUAAACGUUUGUUUUAUAACAAUAAAAUGGUGAGAAUUUAUUGUAGUAGGAUUUUAUAUGGCACAGUAGGUUGUUGUGUUUCCAUUCUCCACAGUUUUGGUGAAAGCUUAUUAUAUUUCAUUAUUAAUAAUUCACCCUCUGCCUUAUUGUUCAUUUUUCUCUACAGUCUCCUUUCUCAGGGACACCUUACACUGCCCGGACAAACCAGAGAAAUAAAUUCAGAAUGUUUCAA